AUAUUCGUAGGUAGGCAAAGUUUGUAAUUGGAACUAGCACAUGAUACACAUACAUAUUAUAUAUAUUCAUACAUAUACACUACAAGCUAUAGCUAUCUGAUCUGGUCAUCAUGGCCGCUCUUAUCAAGUACUCGUUAGUUCUGGCAUUGAUGGUUGUAAUGUCUUGCUACAAAUUUGAGGUUUGUUUAGGAUUUAACCCUAAGCAAUUGAACAUGUCCGCCUUAAAUCGCCGCUCUGCUCAUUGGUCCACUGCCGGCGCAACUUGGUACGGCAGCCCUGAUGGUGCCGGUAGUGAUGGAGGGUCUUGUGGGUACGGGAAGUUGGUAUCACAAAGUCCAUUCUCGUCCAUGAUUACUGCAACAAGCCCAUCUCUCUAUAAAUCAGGCAAAGAAUGUGGAGCCUGCUAUCUGGUGAAGUGUACAAAAAACAAAUAUUGCUCAGGGAAAGCAGUGAGAGUAGUGAUAACCGAUUCAUGCCCCGGAUGUGUUGCCGGUUCUGCUCAUUUUGAUCUCAGUGGAACUUCUUUUGGUGCCAUGGCUCUUCCUGGCCAACAAGACAAGCUUAGAAACACGGGAGUUUUACAAAUUCGAUAUUCACGGGUGGCAUGUGACUAUUCUGGAAAAAGAAUAGCAUUUCACGUUGACCAGGGUUCAAAUUCGAACUACUUCGCAAGUGUGGUCGAGUUCGAAGAGGGAGAUGGUGACCUUGCAGCUGUGGAGUUAAGGGAAGCUUCGUCCAAAACAUGGCGAGCCAUGCAGCAAUCAUGGGGUGCCGUUUGGAAAUUGGACGCUGGCUCACAGCUACACCCUCCUCUCUCCUUGAGGUUGACUUCAAAAUAUUCUGGUCAGACUCUUGUCGCCAAAAAUGUCAUACCAGAUGGCUGGAAGCCUGGUGCCACUUAUAGAUCCCUGGUUAAUUAUAAUGAGUAGUAUGAUCACAUAAUCCAUUUUACAGUUUUAGUAAAUUAUAUAUAAUUAUAUAUAGUUAAUGCUUAAUUGUUAAAAUCAAAGAGUUAUAUCUAUUAGUUAGUGAUCUUCAAACAUGUAAAAGCGAUUGAGUAAUAUAUAGUACUCCUCGAUCGAAUGGUUAUGUAAUGUAAAUCGCUAUGCAAGUACUACUAUUACACAUAGUAUAAUAUAUGUAUGAACCUACUAGUUGGUGUUCAAAAGAAAAUGUAUGAAGUUAUUUGUUGUUCAAAAAAAAUGUGUAAGAAUUUUUGGUAAUUCUACAUAUUGGAAUAUAGCUCUUUCGAGGGGUAUGUUAGUUGCAUUC